AUGGCAAUAUCGACCGUUCAGAGACUCUCCUCACAAGCCAACCGCCUUCAAUCUCUCUCUCCUUUCACCAAAUACGUCUUCGUCCGCUCCUCCGCCUUCGCUGCCACCACCACCACCUCCUCCUCCUCCGCCAAAGUCGCCGACAGAAUCGUCAAGCUCUUCGCGGUUGACCUCGACGGUAAAAAGCGGGUAAUAAUGGGCCUCUCUGGCCAGACUCUUCUCAAGGCUUUGACCAACAGCGGUCUUAUUGACCCUGCGUCCCACCGCCUAGGGGAGAUCGACGCUUGCUCCGCCGAGUGCGAGGUCAGCAUCGCCCAGGAGUGGCUUAAUAAGCUGCCACCGAGAUCUUAUGAUGAGGAGUAUGUUUUGAAGAGGAAUUCUAGAGCUAGGGUUUUGAACAAGCACGCUAGGUUGGGAUGCCAGGUCGUCCUUGUUCCAGAGCUUCAAGGUAUGGUUGUUGCGGUUCCCGAGCCAAAACCUUGGGAUAUCCCCUAAAAUGAUGAGUUCCGGGUUUUGUUUUGGUUUGGCUUUACCUUGCUAUUUGGAAUUGAAUAUUCAAUAAUGUGCACACUUGAAAUGGAUUUAUGUUUCCUAAAAUGUGG